AUGGCCACCGUACCCUUUGUGGAACGGCGUCCUUGCUGCCUAAUGAAUCUUUCGUCUAACAACAUCACUGUGGUGACUGCAUCGCGUUCUCGCGAAGGAGUCUACAUAGCCGCAGCUAAGAAUGUCAUUGUUGUGGCACUCUUCGUCUCCAUCAACUACAUCAACGGCACCCUGGUCCACACCUUCUCCAAACACCAGAUCUUCUCUAUGAACCCUCGCUACAUCCUCUUCAUCCACAUGGUGCUGAACGACAUGCUGCAACUGACCGUCUCCGUGCUGCUCUUCGUCCUCAGCUACGUCUUCUUCUCGAUCAACGCGUGCAUCUGCUGCUCACUGGUGACCCUCGCCGCCCUCACCACCCAGAACACACCCCUUAACCUGGUGUGCAUGGCGACGGAGUGCUUCAUCGCUGUCUCGGCGGCCAUCAUCCCCGAUGUCCUGAUCGCACUCGCCACCGAGCCCCUAGAGUACUUCCUCUCACGAGUGUUCUGCGUGCGGGAUAACAUCUUCCCCAAACUCAUCGAGAAGGUCCACGUCUACAACAUUGUGUUCCUCGUGCUGGUGUGGCUCAUCCUGUUCUAUGUCUACGUGAAGAUCUUGGUCGCGGCCAAAGGGGCUAACGCCGACGCCAAGAAAGCCAGGGACACCGUCCUGCUGCACGCCUUCCAGCUGCUGCUCUGCAUGCUGACCUACAUCGCUCCGGUGCUGAAGCGUAGUCUGUUCCUCUGGUUCCCCACACACUACGCCAAUGCACUGUUCGUCUGUUACGUCGUCAUUCAGAUGUUCCCCAGGUUCCUCAGUCCAAUCGUAUACGGCCUGCGAGACAAGACCUUCAGACAGCACCUGAAGAGAAAUAUGAUGUUUAAAAAGAUCAAGACUAAGAGUGUCAAGCCUCUGCACUCCCUUAAAUAG